AUGCACACGUUGCAGGAUGGACUCAAACAAUCUCUGCAUAUUUUCCCUGCUGAGAUACGACUACGGAUGUACGAAUAUAUGACUCCACCCAUAGAUUCGCGCCUUGCAGAUUGGAGAGGGUUGUUCAUGUCAUGCAAGCAGUUUCACUACGAGAUGAAAGACGAAUUUCUACGAAGCAUGGCGAGAUAUCUGGAUCAGAUUAGGGAACAGUGGAUCAAAUCCCACGUUGCGCCUUUACAAAUCACCAAGCUCACGCAAAGUUCCGACAUCGGAAGGAUAUCCGUCGCGAUACCCAACUCGUACUUCCGGUCUCUAGAUGGUCAAUUCCCAGCUACACGGGUACUUUCCAAGGCCAUAAUUCCCCUGCUCCAGCUAGGAGUCAUACGACUUACCUUUACGAGAUAUGAAGACGAUGAGGAAAUGAAGCAUAAGGGGCCCGUAAUGCCGGAAGGCCCGCUGGCAGACUUCAUGAGUGACUUGAGGCGCCUUAUGGAUCCUAAGGUCGGCAACCUAGGCAAAUUUGACGACAAAAACGAAUCGAUACGCACACCAGGUAGUGUCAUCGACAGAAUCACCUUUGAAUGGGGAUUCUAUGGAGAAAUUCUGCAUUGGUGUGCCAAAGAGUACGUCUCGGAUAGAACUAUCGAGCUUAUGAGGCCACAUAUUUGUGGCCCACCAACUGGUGUUACAUGGAUUCGUCGCCCUUAUACGUGGUAUGGCCAAGUCCAGGCAGAGUUCUGGAGCGAUACGGGCGACUUGAAACGAAGGAGUCGGUCUCAACGACUAUGA